AUGUCGAUGAACGACUACUGUACCAAGUUGAAGCGCAUCGCUGACCAGCUGCGUGACAUCAGCUACGCCGUCUCCGAGCCGAGCCAGGUGCUGAAUCUUCUCCGCGGCCUCAACCCCCGGUACCGCUACGUCAAGCCGGUGAUCACCUCCAAGUUCCCGCCGCACACCUUCCAAAGCACCCGCUCCUUCCUCAUCCUUGAGGAGCUUAGCUUCCAGCACGACUCCAAUGACGAGGCUGGGCAGGCCUUCACCGCGUCCCACAGCGACCACUCCGGCGGCUCCUCCAGCUCGGUCUCCUCCGGUGCCAAGGACGGGUCCUCCGCCCCGCCCGCCCAGCGCUCCAACAACCGAUCCGGCCACGGCAACGGUGGCGGGAACCCUCGCUCCAACAACCGCUCGGAUCGUCGUCACGACCGGAACAACGGCGGCGGCAACUCGCCCUCCAAUGCCAACGGCAACACCCCCAACACCCAGUCCGCGCCGUGGGCCGCGGGCUACAAUCCGUGGCAAGGCAUGGUGCAGACCUGGCCCAUGCCUUUCCGUGCCCCGGGUGCCGGCGUUCUGGGGGCUCGCCCACCGUUCCAGCCGCAGCAGGCGAUGGUGGCCGCCUCCCACCCCUCCAAUGUCUUCGACACCAGUGCCUUCUACGCGGCGCUGCCAUCCUCCGGCGUCCCGCACCAACCUCCCACCGCCUCCGACUAG